AUGAAACAGCGGCAAAAAUGUAACUAUGGACAACAUUUUAGAUUUCCCUCUAGGUUAAUGUACUUUACUAAAUUGGUUGAGAAGAUUCUCAGCAAUGGUGAUUUCUAUACAGGUCAAUGGCUGAACAGUUUUCCAAAUGGUCAAGGUAAGUAUCUAUGGACAGAUGGUUGUAUGUAUGUAGGUGAAUGGCAAAAGGGUAAUAUCAUAGGUAAAGGUAGGUUUAGUUGGCCCAGUGGUGCUACCUAUGAAGGUGAUUUCAAAAAUGGUUUUAUGGAUGGUAAAGGUACUUAUAUAGGUUCUAACGGUGAUACUUAUAAAGGUUUUUGGGUUAUGGAUAUGAGAAAUGGACAAGGGACACAGAGUUAUUGUAAUGGUGAUUUCUAUGAUGGUGAAUGGAAGAAGGGGUUGCAAAAUGGACAUGGGAGGUAUCAAUGGAAGAAUGGGAAUAAUUACAUUGGUCAAUGGAUGAAUGGUUUGUGUAAUGGAAAUGGUACUUUGAUGUGGCAAAAUGGGAAUAGAUAUGAUGGUUGUUGGGAAGAUGGUUUUCCUAAGGGAAACGGUAAAUGGAAACCCAUUUCAAAUGUUUUCAAGAACAAACAAGCUAAAGCUCUCAAGAUUUAA